UGAGAUCAAGAUUCUCAAGUUGCAGCCAUUGAUUGAAAGUAGUAUCUAAUAUACUUCUUCAACAAUGGCUUCCUCUAUGAUCUCAAGAUUCCUUCUCGUGGCUUGUGCCAUCCUCGCUGUAGUAACUUGCCCUGCAAGUGCACAGCUCUCCGUUAACUUCUAUGCCACUUCCUGCCCAAAUGUCUUUGACACAGUAAGAACCAUAGUUAGGUCCACUGUUAGCAAUGAACCUCGCAUGGGUGCAUCCCUUAUUCGCCUCUUCUUCCAUGAUUGCUUUGUUAAUGGAUGCGAUGGCAGCAUCCUCUUGGAUGGAAGCAGUGGAGAGAAAGAAGCCCUUCCUAACAGGGACAACUCAGUGAGAGGGUAUGAGGUCAUCGACACAAUCAAGACUCAGCUGAACUCUACUUGCAGUGGUGGAAACGUCGUCUCUUGUGCAGAUAUCGUCGCCAUUGCUGCUCGUGACUCUGUUGUUGCAUUGGGAGGACCAACUUAUUCAGUGGUAGUAGGAAGGAGGGACUCGAGGACAUCCUUUCAGUCUACUGCAAACAGUGACCUGCCCGGCUUCUUCGAAGAUCUGGACGCCAUCACCACCAAGUUCACCAACAAGGGGUUCACUCAGAGGGAGAUGGUUGCCCUGUCAGGCGCGCACACAGUCGGCCAAGCCCGGUGCUCGACAUUCCGUGACCGCAUCUACAACGAGACCAACAUUGAUUCCACACUCGCGACCAGUCGCCAGGCCAACUGCCCAAGAGCACAAGGCCUGCCGGGUGACCGGAAUCUAGCACCACUUGAUGGAACACCCACCACCUUCGACAACAAUUACUACCAGGAUCUGACCAACAGAAGGGGACUCCUCCACUCAGACCAGGUCCUCUUUAAUGGCGGUGCCACUGACUCCAUUGUCAGAACUUACAGUACUGAUGCCAACACCUUCUUCAACGACUUCGCCAAUGCGAUGGUCAAGAUGGCGAACCUUAGCCCGCUCACUGGAACCCAAGGUGAAGUGAGGAUCAAUUGCAGGAUACCCAACUAGAACCAAUAUGAUGGAAGUAUUCCUGGGCAAACAAAAUAUCGCUGCCGUUUUUCAAGGUUUUUUGGCUCUUAGUGUUUGACAUGGCGCUAAAUGCAUUGCCGCCAUUAGUCAUUGAUAGUUACCUAUUGCGUCCUUUUUUGCCUAUAUGUGGCCUUCUUUUGUUGUCUUUUUGGAAACCGAUCUUCCACAUGAUCAUGAAGGGCACAAGUCUCUGUUUUACUCUAGCUAAGCAAUAGAUCUAUAAAACAAGUCUUUGUGUUUUACCA